CCGGUCGGACAUGACGCCACAGUGUCAACAUGCAAGAUGGCGGCGCAUCACCGGCAGAACGCGGCGGGGCGCCGCAAAGUGCAGGUCUCCUAUGUGAUUAGAGAUGAGGUGGAGAAGUACAAUCGGAAUGGGGUAAAUGCACUUCAGCUGGAUCCAGCACUGAACAGACUCUUCACAGCAGGCCGGGACUCCAUCAUAAGGAUAUGGAGUGUCAAUCAGCACAAGCAAGAUCCUUAUAUAGCAUCUAUGGAACACCACACAGAUUGGGUAAAUGACAUUGUGCUCUGCUGCAAUGGUAAAACAUUGAUAUCUGCUUCUUCAGAUACUACUGUUAAAGUGUGGAAUGCACAUAAGGGAUUUUGCAUGUCAACACUAAGGACGCAUAAGGAUUAUGUGAAAGCCUUGGCAUAUGCAAAAGACAAGGAGCUGGUAGCAUCUGCUGGGCUGGACAGACAGAUAUUCCUCUGGGAUGUAAAUACUCUAACAGCACUGACUGCCUCAAAUAACACUGUAACAACUUCUUCCCUGAGUGGGAACAAAGACUCAAUCUACAGCCUUGCGAUGAAUCAAAUGGGAACAGUUAUUGUAUCAGGGUCCACUGAAAAGGUUCUAAGGGUGUGGGAUCCAAGAACUUGUGCAAAACUAAUGAAACUCAAAGGGCACACAGACAAUGUGAAAGCUUUGUUGUUGAACAGAGAUGGCACCCAGUGUCUUUCAGGCAGCUCUGAUGGGACUAUCCGCCUGUGGUCGCUUGGGCAGCAGAGAUGCAUAGCCACGUAUCGAGUCCAUGAUGAAGGUGUUUGGGCUCUGCAGGUCAAUGAAGCCUUCACUCAUGUUUAUUCAGGAGGAAGAGACAGGAAGAUUUACUGUACAGAUUUACGAAAUCCUGAUAUCCGUGUGCUUAUCUGUGAAGAAAAAGCACCAGUUCUUAAGAUGGAACUUGAUAGAUCAGCUGAUCCUCCUCCAGCACUUUGGGUUGCAACAACUAAAUCCUCUGUGAAUAAAUGGACUUUGAAGGGAAUUCAUAAUUUUAGAGCAUCAGGAGAUUAUGAUAAUGAUUGUACCAAUCCCAUACCACCCUUGUGCACACAGCCUGACCAAGUUAUAAAAGGGGGUGCUAGUAUUAUUCAGUGCCACAUUCUUAACGACAAGAGACACAUAUUAACCAAAGACACAAAUAAUAAUGUGGCAUACUGGGAUGUCUUGAAGGCAUGUAAAGUUGAAGACCUUGGGAAAGUAGACUUUGAGGAAGAAAUUAAGAAGAGAUUUAAAAUGGUGUAUGUGCCAAACUGGUUCUCAGUGGACUUGAAAACUGGGAUGUUGACAAUUACUUUGGAUGAAAGUGACUGCUUUGCAGCCUGGGUUUCAGCAAAGGAUGCUGGAUUUAGCAGUCCAGAUGGUUCUGAUCCAAAAUUAAACCUCGGAGGGCUUCUGCUGCAAGCACUUCUGGAGUAUUGGCCUAGAACACAUAUCAAUCCAAUGGAUGAAGAAGAAAAUGAGAUGAACCAUGUGAAUGGUGAGCAGGAGAACAGAGUCCAGAAAGGAAAUGGAUACUUCCAAGUCCCACCGCAUACACCAGUUAUUUUUGGUGAGGCUGGAGGACGCACUUUGUUCAGGUUAUUAUGUCGGGAUUCAGGUGGAGAAACCGAGUCUAUGCUUCUUAAUGAAACUGUGCCACAAUGGGUUAUUGACAUCACUGUGGAUAAAAAUAUGCCCAAGUUCAAUAAGAUUCCCUUCUACCUCCAACCUCAUUCAUCAUCGGGGGCAAAAACUCUAAAAAAAGACCGACUGUCAGCAAGUGACAUGCUUCAGGUGAGGAAAGUGAUGGAACACGUGUAUGAGAAAAUCAUAAACUUGGAUAAUGAGUCUCAGACAACCAGCUCUUCCAACAAUGAAAAAACAGGAGAACAAGAAAAAGAGGAGGACAUCGCUGUGCUAGCAGAGGAGAAGAUUGAACUUCUGUGCCAGGACCAGGUUUUGGAUCCGAAUAUGGACCUUCGAACUGUAAAACACUUCAUUUGGAAGAGUGGAGGGGACCUGACGCUUCACUAUCGCCAGAAAUCAACGUGAGGGGAGCACGGACCCAAGCGGUUCAUUAUUUACUUGACCAUACUGUACUGGUUCCAAGAGUAGUGCUAUAGGAGCCCACUGAAACCCUAAGGUAGAUGAGACUGCUAAUCACCCAGUAUGGACAGGAAGUAUGCAUUUAAUUGAAGUGACUAAUAGAUCUGUAACAUAGAGGAAAAAGAAAUCCAUAUGACUUAAACUAAAGUCUGUCCUCCUCUCAGUCAGUGAGAUGGGAAGUCCCUGAGUGGUUCGUGUUGUGUGAGGUGUACAGAGAGUGGAUGAUAACCCAGUGCAGACUUUUGCUUCCUCCUUUUUGCUUUCUUUUUUUUUUUUUUUUUUUUUCCAGAACGUAAUAUACUCAUCUGCUCAUGCUCAACAUGAAACUGGUUUGGCCAUAUUAGUUGCUGUGUUCACAAUGUAAUUCAGACUUGCACACAAGGUAUUUUUAGUACAUUCCAUUCAUAAAGUUCCAGCAAUGAUUUCUCACAGGUUACUCAAAGAUUUCUGCCACUAAAAGAAAUUUGGAAAAUUAAAAACAAAACAAAAAAAAACCCCAGAAAAUACAUAUUGUAUUGUAUUCAUACUUGAAUGAAUUGGCCCAAUUAAUUGUAAAAGAAGGGUUAACUUUAGAAUUGUUUUAAUGGCUUUAGAGAGCCUUUGAUGUGCAAGAUAAAACACUAGAAAAAUAUCAGAGCAGGGUGAGUCUAAUGAUGCUGUGCAUCAUUAUGGAGUGAAGAUGCUUUGCAGCAACUUAGAGAUUUUUUUUUAAAUAUAUAUAACUACUUCCUGCACUGUGUCCUAGGCGUUCUAAAGACACAUUAGUCUAAUUUUUGGUAACUGUGCUCCAAAUCUAUGUGACAUUUUGUUAAGACUUCAAACCAUUCUGAAUAUAACUUAAUAUGUUUAAUGUUAAACUUUAGAAACUUCUGUGCAGAUUUCAUACUCAUGAGAUAAAAAUACUGAUUUUUCUUUUCCGAAGUUUUAUAUGCAGUUGUUCUUUUGUUAUAGAUUUAUGCAGAUCUUGUUUUCCCUGCUGUUUCUAAAAAUAUGUGACUGUCAUAGGCUCAUGGUAAUCUUUUAUAGAGGUUUAACUUAUUGGGGGGAGGGGGGGGUAAAGGCAUUUCAGCUUUUUGUGAGAAAAUGUGGGGAUAUCCCAGAAAACCAUUAAUAGCCAGAACAAAUUACAAAUCCUUGUAGAGAAAUGGUGUAAAAAUGACUCUUGUCUGAAGCAGAAGCACAAGUGCCUUCAAGGGGCAGUAUAUUAUUGGAGUUUCUUCAGGAGACAUAUGCUCUUGCCCUUCCUGUAUCUUGCUAUCAAGAUUUAGGUUGAGGCCUAAAAAAAGUCCCAAUAAAUUAUAUUACUGGGAUUGUAUUGGUCAAACAAGAGGUAGAAUAUUUUUCAUUGUGUUUUAUUUGAAAAAAUAGUCAAAUCCUUCCCUUCUGCACUCUUAACCCAUCAAAACAAACUCAUUGCUUGGAGACAAACCAUGGUUCAGAACUAAGCUAACAUGUCAUUUUCCCUGUUUUUUGAGAGUCAGUUUCAGUUUUUAAUCCCCAUUUCUGUGUGUGCUUAGUUUGACACAGUUGUGCUAUAACUGCACACUUUUAGCGCUACUUGUGAAUUAAAUGGUUAAACAGAACUGUAACUUUUAUUGAUAAAUUGUCCUGACUUGUAUUUAUUAAUAUCAAGGGUCUAUGCUUAUUCCAAUAGGCACUGUUUAAGUUUGGGUUUGUUUCCUCGUUGUCUUCCUGUCCUAUUGUGUACAUUGGAGUUACUCCCAGAAAUUUUCUUUUAAGCCAGCCAAGGUUGUAAUUUUUCUUCUCUUUUUUUUUUUUUUUUUCUUUCUAACCAUCCUGAAACAAAGUAACAGGAAAGAUUGACAGAAGAGUCUGCAAUGCCAGAAGGGUAAACGAUGUUUCACAGUUGUAUAGAAUAAAAGGCUUUAGUUAAAAUAUUUUCAAGUCGUUUUGUGUACCAGAUUAAUGAUGCAACUUUGGAGCUUUGAUCUUUGCUGUUGAAUGUCACAAAGGGCUUCAGAGUCCUUUGAAGCCUCAAAUAACGGAACGGCUGAAGAAAUGGCAGUGCCUUAGCAAAAUCACAUGAAGAUGAUCCUAUAAUAUACUAUGGUUGAAUGUAAGAGUUUAGGAGGUGUGCUGACCUUCAGGUGUGAGCUCUGAGCUCCUACUGAGGUGCAGAAUGUGCUCAGGUAAUGCUGAUCACCUGGGCAGCGCUGCUUUUGCACCAUGGAAGUAGUUUGUGCUAACAAGUGACUCAUGCCAGCUGGUGCUGAGUUGUCUGGAUGUGGAAAGGUUGUAUCCCUCUAAGAGGAACAUGGGAAACCAAGGCUGGGUUCCUUGAUGCUUAUAAAGCCAGGACAGGAUACUCAAAGCGUUUGCCGUGGGGGUUGUUAGCGGGGCUGCUCUGGCAGAGAAUGUCCUCCCAGAGACUCCCAGCAUCUGACUUUGAUGGAGUAUAAAGUGAGAGGAGGGUGUUUUUUUUUUUUUUUGCUACUCCCUUUUCUGUCACCUUUUCUGGAGUUGUGCUGUCUGUAAGAGUCCUGAAGGCAGCAGCAGGAGAGCUUUGAGUUCAUAUGAGAGUCGCAGCUCCUGGGCACAUUGUGAACAGAGAGAGUUCCAGUUUACCAGAAUCACAGAAAAGGCCACUGAUUUGUAGAAGUUAUUUUAAUUUCCGAGUUCAUGAUGGGAAGGAGUUGCAAAUCUAGUACUUAGUAGUGUAACCUGUCUCCUAGAAAAGCAUUUAAUUUGUCUAUGACAGACAAUUUUUUAUUUUCUUCAGGUGAGGAGGUGCUGAGAGCAAGAGCUUGGCUCAGUAUUUGGCAGUUGAAGUGCAAGUAUCAUUUUAAAAAGAGAACUACUUGAAGGAUUUAGAAUUAACUUUUAGAAAGAUUUAAAAUAUACUCAAAAUAAGCCCUAGGCAGAGAGGUUGUGAAGUCACUCUGAGAUGAAUUGGUGUGGAGGUGCCAAGGAAGGGGAGAGAAUGCAUUGGCCGGAGGUGAAGGCUCGCAGUGACUGUCAUCAAGACCAGUGCAUCACACCAAGGUAUUAUUUUUCCUUUUUGAUUCAAACUUUAUCCCCAGAAAUUUAUUGAACUUGAUAUUUGGCAUCAGUCUUUAAGCAGAUGAUCUAACACUGUACAUGGGCUGGUGGCUCCCGAAUAGAGGUGGGUGAAGUCACCUCCCAGCUGGAUAACAGAGCUGCUGGGAGCACAUGCACACUUAAAAAUCAAGAAUAUGGGUCGACUGAAAGUUUCCUGGGCUGUGGUGGGUUUUUUUUCUGCAGAGGUAGUGACUAGAGACUGAGUGGGACAUGCCUGAUCUCUCUCUGAGGAUAUUGUGAUGCUGUUAUAGCCAUCUUUUUGGGGGGACUAUGAGGGCUUGUUUACUUUUUGUAGGUUAGAACUGUAACUUAAAGCAAGCAAUUGCUUUGAAAUUCUGUUACAGCAGAACCACCCCCAGAUAGUGUUUGCUUAAGGCAAAAGCCAGUGGGGAGGAUGUGUGGGCAUUAGAGGCAGCACCCAGGAAAUGGAACAGAUUAUCCCAGUCGAGUCAAUGCAGUGAGUGAACCUGUAGCUGCUUUCACUUAAAAGCCGGAGGCAGUGGUGCCUGUUCUUGUGAAACUGCUUGGAGGUGAAAAUAUUUGCCCAGUUUUGGGGGAAGAUGGAGAAUGCAUCUGGAAGUGUAUGAGCGCACCAGUACACAAGUGGUGUGAUCUCUGCUUAGCAUUGCAGAGAUCUGUUUUCCUGCAGCAUUGCUGAGUUACAUCUCAGAGAAAUUCAGCCAAGUGUGGCAACUUGGAUGAGCAGCCUCUGCACAGAGCCUAGAGCAGUACAGCAGGAGGUUCAGUAGAUCUGUGAUCAUUCCCAGUACAGGUUUAUGCUGCCCAAAGUUCCCAUCAAUCAAGUAAUUACUUGAGAGGGGAGGGAUUGGCCCAGCAUGCUCAAGAUAACCUUGCUUGGGGCAGGGCUUGACCAAGUGUCUCCGGGCUUUGCUGAGCAGAGUUGUAGUAUCCAGGCGGGUGGAGAUCCCCCAGCCUUGGAGGGCCCAUCCAGGAUCAGCCCACAUCAAUCCCAGGUGUCCUGGCUCCUUGGGGUAGGCAGGGCCAUGGCUCCCUGGAGAUGGGCUUUGCCCUAAUCCCUGCUGCAGUACUUGAGCUCCUGGGAGCCUCUUUGGAUUAAACAUCUGCCAGGCUCAUGUCCUCAGGCUCAGCUUUUAAUAUGAGGGAGCAGCCCAGGUCUGGAAGCUGAUCCUGUUGUGUCUGGCCAUACAAACCCCUGAGUGCUCCGAGGUGAGCUCCUCCUCCUUUAUUUUGCCCUCCUUGUGAUGCUGCCAAGAAAGUCUGUCCUGUGUCUUCAGAAGAACUGCUGUCGGGUUUAGAGAUGCCCUCAAAGUUUACAGUGGGAGAAAGGUCAUAUCCAGCUCUUACUUACCUGGAAACAGAUGUUUGGGACAGCACAGGGUUGAUUGGCUGUUUGGUUUUGGCUCUGAAUCUUCAGGUGUUUCUCCCACUCUUUUUAGGUUUUAUUUUGAAACUAAGAAAUUCUAACCAUCUUCUACCCACAAGUAGGAGUACUGCCUACCUACCUUCAGCAGUGAGGUAGCAUCCAAAUUAUCAAGAGUAAAGGAAUUUGAUGAGGAGGUUGAACUCUUCAUCUCAUUUAGCAUUUGAAUGAUCAAGUUUGAGGUUAGGAGAACCCAACAUCACUCUGCCUAAGGCUUAACCCAAGGGAUUUGGUUUUCCAAAUCUCUUCCAAGAACCAGUUAACACACAGACUAAGUUUAAGCCAUUUAUUAUGGUGACAUUGAAAUCUAGAACAAGUUUUGACAUUCUCUGCUCUUAAAUUUCUGAAGGGUGUUAAUGGUACAGCAUCAUUUAAGUGAGCUACUACCAGCUUAAAAACAGUUUUGAGAAAGGUGGAAGACUAGAAACAAGUCCUAAAGAAACAAAACCAGUAAAACAGAUCACCUAGAUGUCUUCAGACAUCAGGCUACAAGAUCAAACAAACUCAGUAAUAGUUUAAAUUACAUUUAUUUUUAGUGUUUGGCUGUUCACCCUUGUAACAGUCAGGUGGGGAAAGAAAAGAGGAAAUUUAUUUUAGCAAUACAGGAAAUAAGAUCAGUUUGCAAUUAACAGACCAUUUAGCAGACUAGAGUCCAAAUCUCUCAGUUCUACUGCCUGCAGUUAGGGCUCAAUACAUUCUUUAAAGCAACAGGUAUUUUGACAAUCCUGUUCAGACCUACUGUACUUGCAUUAUUUCAGACUAACAACAGAGAUGAAGGAGUACCAAGGACAGAUUUUAUGCUAGGGUGGACUCAGCUGAAGAACUCCUGUUCUGUGACUUCACCUGCACCCUUUGGGUGAAGCUGAGCUGUCACAGGCACAUCUGUAUGACCCUGAGUCCCCCCUCCUGCCCCAGGACCAGAUUUCAGCCCCAGCAUUUCUCAUGUACCGAUCUGCACAGUGCAGAAACAGCAGGGGACAGGGCAGGGAAAUCAGGCAAUACUGUGCUAAAUAAUGUACUUCAGUGUUUGGCUACAACACCACCCAUCUCUUAAUUCAGGAAGGGGUUUCACCACAGUAACUGUGUUAUUCCCUAUCCCUUUGACAUUCCAUGAUAAAUCACUGCCCUGAGGGUUACAGAACCACACUCCUUUCAUUGUUCAUGUCAUGUUUGCUGCUACAUUCAGAAUCUGUUUGAAGACAAGUGCAAACAAAAAAGCUGCAAAAACCAGUUGAUGUUGCUGCACAACAGCCCCAUGUCUUAAAACUUACAACAACUUGUAUAAAAAUAGAAAUGAGUCAAUAGAAAAGCACAACUAAAGAAAAGCUAUUUCUCAGUCAUUACAGAAGCCAAGACGUUCAGCUCCACUGAAAAGGUUCAUCACCCCACCUUAAACAUCAUUUUCACUUCCAUUCGUUUCAAAUAACCAUCAUCAUUCCCUCCCCUGCUUCAUUUCUUAUUUAAGUGUGAGGCCACCACCUGGUCCACAGAAGAGCAGAAGGGAAGGGCAGGACCCACCACGAUUCUGUCCCAUCUCUGUGCUGCAACUUCAAACCACAUGGAACUUCCUUUACUGAGGAAGUAGUUGUAGCAAAGGUGACUGUUACAGAGAAGGGAUUAAAACAAGAAAAAAAUAACAGUUUGAGGAGUAUUAAGUAGGAAUAAAAGUGUCCUGGGGUAAGAAAUGCCUUGCAAAUCACAAGAACUGUCUAGCCAAGGAGUACCAUUAGAAAAGCUUUCUAACAAAUCAAAACUAUAAAUAUUUUUUUUUAAUGCCAUCAAACAUACUGAUAAAAUCAUCACUAAGUGUCACUGUUCAGGCAUAGGGCCUUCAUAAAUACAUUCAGGAGCAGUUGUAGGCAAAUGUGAAUUCUGGAACUUGACAUUUUGCCAGUGUCCAACUUGUUUCUGCAUUAAUUUCUCCAUUAAUUUGGAGAUUUUUGGACAGCAUUUGAAGUUUGAACACAGAUCAAUCCAUUAAACAGUGAUUGGAAAAUACAACAGGAUAUGUUCUUCAUGUGAUUUCUUUUCUAGUAUUGUCUACACUAACAAAAUAGAGUAACUGUAAUUCUUUCAAGAUCAGAAAAAUAUUCCAAGCUGCAGCAGUGCAGCAUUUGACAGUCUGUAAACACGAGCAGGGUCCAUUUCACUCAGGAUCUUGUGCAGCUGCUGCUUCUUUCUGUUCAGCUGCUGCUUCUUCCUCUGGUUUCUCUGGAGCAGUGGUUAAUGAGCUCUCAGUGCUGUUCACAAGCAGCUUUGAUUCUUGGUUAUCAGGAUCAGUUCCUAGUGUUGUUUUUGAAGAAAUUUCAUGAGGAAGAGGAAAAGAAGGUAAAGGUGGAAUUGAAGGCAGUAGAUCAUCCAGCUCUGGCUGCUUGACUGAGCCUUCAGAAUACAGGGUUAUAUCUUGAGGGUCCAAAGCUGUGGCAUUUUC